AUGGUAGUUUUUGGCCCAUCCGUGGUUAAAUUUGUCGGACUUGGAUUCCUAUGUGGACUGAUUGGUUCAUGGCUUCUAACCUCGUCUACAAGCUCUUACCUUGGUCAGAUUCAACUUCAUCCACUUAUACGUGCACCAAAAGAAGGUGUUCUCGAUGUUCAACACUUUUCCGAACAUGGUGGACAUCAUGAAGGUGAGACUCUACUCGUGGAUGAAUUGGCGAAAGUGCGGCCGGUGUUCGCCUUUAUAUUUACCUCAGCGACAGAGAAUGAAACUCGAGCUGCUCACAUUAAGUCAACUUGGGCGCAACGCUUCGACGGGUAUCUCUUCUUCAGUGAUAAUAACGACACAAAUCUCCCUGCAUUUGCCCUACCAAAUAAAAAGGGAUGGGCCUUCACCCGUUCGGCCAUUGCUCAUAUUUACGACAACUUCCGUCAGAACUUUACCUUCUUCAUGAAAGCUCACGACACCAAUUACGUUGUGGUGGAGAAUUUGCGUGCUCUCCUCCGCGAAAUAGACUUCAAAGAGCCCCUUUUGAUUGGUCGUUCGAUGGCGGCAACACAAGGCACCAUUCAGUUUCUGUCGGACGAGUCCGGCUACGUAAUGUCUCGUGCAGCCUUGGAGAGACUUGCGGUGGGCAUCAAAACCAACGUCGAGGCCUGUAGCGAAAGUGACGCAGCUGCGGACGUCAAUUUUGGCAAAUGUGCCAUUGCGGUGGGCGUGAAAUUGAUCCACGCUGUAGAUCAAGACAAAUCUGAUCUCUUUCAUCCACUCACACCCUGGGACAUUUUGAAGAAGUUUCUGGAGACCAUAAAUCCCGACCCGACAGUAUUUGGGUCUGAUCAAAUGACCAAAGCUCUUACCUGCUGCAGUGACCAAUCUGUGGCUUUCUCUGAUCUCAGAGGUGCCCAUCUCUACAUGAUGGAGUAUAUGGUAUACCACCUUUACCCCUACGGCAUCAUUCACGAGCCCGAGAACUAUGAAAAAUUGUUCAUGUGUGAGCGCAUUGAGAAUGGGAUCACCACAGGAUUGGGCAGUCCAACUCUGGCAGAUUACCUGGCGAGGCGGGUUCGUGUAUUCGCUAUCAUCUUGACAACUCCGCCUGUUAGGAUGAUCAAAGCUAUCCACGUGAAAAUGACCUGGGCCAGACGAUUCAAUGGCUACAUGUUUGUCAGUUCCGAAGAGGAUAUUUAUUUGCCAUCCAUCAAAGCGGUAGAUAAGGAGGGCCGAAAUGUGCUAUGGGAGAAGAUACGCCAGGCUAUGCUCUACAUCUACCGCAACAAUCUUAACGACUAUGACUUCUUUAUGAAGGCGGACGACGACACCUAUGUGAUUGUGGAAAAUCUACGAUUCCUCCUCUCCAACCAGGAUCCCGACAUACCCAUCCUAAUGGGCAGACGAUUCAACGUAGGCAUUCCGAUUUCCCUCCUAUGA